CUUUCGUUCUUCUUUGUAGCUAUCCUCAUAGAGAGAAAUACAGAGAUUUUUGGGGUUUUAGAGUUGGGUUUUGCUGUUCUUAGUUUAAGAAAUAGAAAGGGAGAGAGUCCAUGGAUUUGCUUAGUUAGACUUGGUAGUUUCCUUGGGAGUACCAACUAAGCUUUUAGGAGUGAUUUUGGACUUUUUGGUGUGGAUUGAUUGAUGGAAGCAAUGUCUUUGUGCACUUGGAAAUAUCCUUCCUGCAAAUUGGGCUUUGUGAUGAAUACACAUAGAACCCUGUAUAGGACGAGGUUGAAUGUUGGUCUAGCUUUAAGUCCAUCCCCAGUGCUCUUACACACGGAUGGAAGUGGAAAGUUUCAAGAGUAUAAGAAGGGUUCUGGUUCAAAUACAGUUGGUAUAAUAGGAGGGUUAUCUGUUAAUUCUAAUCUUAAUUUUUUGAGAAACCUUUUUAACUGGAGUUCAAGAGAUGGAGAAAGUUGUCCUCCUUUUGUUCUUUGCUCUGAUCCUGCGUUGAAUAAGGAGCUGUUAUUGAUUGAGAGACCUUCUUUUCCUUCUGUUAGCUGUAAAAAUGAAGGUACAGAAUUGGAUUCUACUCUGAUUGUGGAGAAUUUGAGGAGUAAGAGGAUUUAUCUUGAAAAUUCGGGAUCUCGUUGCAUCGUAAUGCCUUGUCAUAUUUCACAUUCUUGGCAUGAUCAAAUUUCAGAGGGAUGUUCUGUUCCUUUCCUUCACAUGGGUGAGUGUGUUGCCAAGGAACUCAAGGAAGCAAAGUUGAAGCCACUUGAAACUGGGAGUCCUUUGCAGAUUGGAGUGCUUGCAACCUAUGCAACUUUGAAAGCAGGAUUCUAUCAAGAGAAACUGCGGAAUGAGGGUUUUGAGGUUGUUCUGCCAGAUAAAGCAACCAUGGAACACACUGUAAUCCCUGCUAUUGAAGCCUUAAACAGAAAGGACAUAGAAGGGGCACAGAAUCUCUUGAGGAUUGCAGUCCAGGUUCUUCUAGUGAGGGCUGCCAAUGCUGUAAUUCUUGCCUCUGAUGAUAUGCGGGAUCUUCUUCCCCCGGAUGAUCCUCUUCUUAAGAAAUGCAAUGACCCUAUGGAUGCAUUGGCCUGGUCAACCAUAAAAUGGGCACAAUCUGCUAAAGAAGGUAUAUAAAAGUGAAAACAGUUCCUCCUACUUGAAUCUUG